AUGGACGGUGGCGCUGAGGCGUCGGCAGACGCCGACAAGACAGGCAACAAGACGCCAAUGCGCGAAAGUAACAGGCAGAGGAUCAAGGCAAGUCGGAAGAAUACAUGUGAGAAGAAGGUUGGCAAGAAGGACAAGAAGCUCAAGAAGGGCAAGAAGGCAGGGAAGAGCCCCGUCGAUGAUGAAGAGAGCAGACAGAGAAAAGCUUCUCCUUGUAACUCUGCUUCUCCCAAGAGGGCGACAUCGAUCAGCAGCGAAGGAAAGGACAGCCCCAUACGAAGAAAACGAGAGCAAGCAGGUAGAGCGAAGGGCGCUUCCUCGGAUGACGGAACGCACAGCAGGUUGGAAUCUUCGCCAAAGAACGUUGAGGCCACCAAACGGAGCCAGGCGAGUCAUAAGAACCGAUGUGAGAAAAUGGUCGGCAAGACGAGCAAGAAGCUCAAAAAGGGCAACAAAGCGUUGAAGACCCCUGCCCACUUGGAAAAAAGGAGGCAGACUAAGAAAGCAGCAUCGAGCAGCAGCGAGGGAAACGAGCACCCCACAAGAAGAAAGGGAAAACGAACAGCAGGUAGAGCGUCGGGCUCGUCCCCGGAUGGCAGAACGAAUAGCGUCUUGGAAUCUCCGCCAAAGAAUGAAGAGGCCAGGGGCAAGGUAAGCGUUGAGGCCACCAAGCAGGCGGCCACGCUGAUGGAUGGGACACGCAACAGCGAUUACACACCUCCCCCGAAGCGGGAGCGGAGCAUCAGGGCUGCCGAAAAGCAGGCGAGAACGGCAGACGGGGCGGAUGGCGACGCCAGACGUCACUCUGAGCGAAGGCGCUCUGGCAGCAGCCGGGGGCACGGCAGGAGGCGUAGCGGGCGUAGCUGUGAGGACGGGCUUGGGCGAGAGAGUGUCGAAGCCACCGCGUGCCGCAGGAGAAGGCGCAAGAGUAGCAGCAACGCUUCGUCGAGGCCAGGGCGUGCGAGCUCUGGCCGACGGCGCAGCAGGCGUAGCAGGAGCCCAAGGCGCGGCACUGGCGGCGACGGACGGCGGGGCCUCGACACCGUCGUGGAGAAGUACGCCGCGAUGGGCGAGGACGAGCUCAUGAAGCUCGGGCCUACGCGGCUUGUGGAGUGCUUCAAGCUCCUGAUCUUGGGAAGGCUAUUGCUUCUCCCGACUACUCAUAUGGCGCGCUGCGGGACGCCUACUCCGAGGCGCUGGGGCAGUUGUUAG